GGUUAAAACCUCUUUAGCCAGCCCUGUGCAAUAUAUGAACAAUUUAGUUUUGUAGGGAUCUUAAUGUAACUGGGUGUUAGUCUUCCAGAGGGACUGGAUGUUCUCUGAUCUUGCCUUGCUGAGAAGAGGGGAAAACAACUCUUCUGUCUCAUGCUCAGCUUGGAUUCCUGCACCUAGAACUCUGUAACUUGAAAACGCAAAUGGAAACUCCAUUUAAGAUGAAUUCUGCUGGGCUGUUCUUGAACGUUUUAAUGUAGCACACCAUGUUUACAGAAAAGAAACUCCAUAAUUGUAAAGACAGACUAUUGACUGGGGCCCAGCAGUGGGUCGAGGUUCGGGCAGGUAGAUUGCAAGACCUGCUUUCGUUCAUAGGGUCGCCAUAGGUCAGAGGCAACUUGGCGGCACAUAACACACAAAGACCAACAAGACUGAAGGGAGCUUUGACUCUCAGAAGCUUAUACCUGGAAACCUUGAGGGUCUUUAAGAUACUACUCAAAUCUUGCUCUUUUUGGCUAUUGGGACUUAAUGAGCUGCGGUGAACCAAUGGAGAGCAGGUCUCAUUCAUUGUUUGCAAGACCAGAUCUCUUGGUUUCUAGUCCAGCUGUUUCUCUGCUGAUUGAAUCCCUUGAGCGGAUUUCGUUUCCUGGUCAGACUUUUAAGUUUACACAGUUUUGUGAAGCAGUGGAAAUUGGCAGUGAAGGAGGGGCUGCUCUGGGCUUGCACUGGGGCUGUAGUUGCUAGGGAACCACAUUCUUUGCACCUGUUAAUCUUUGUGCUUUCCUGAAACGGGGUUUUUCACAGACCCAUAGCCAUGCUGGGUAAUUAAAGGGGACCUAAUUAACAAAACGUGGCUGCGUUUGCAACUGCACUCUUGGGCGUAGCACGGUUUUCCCUACCAACAGAACAAGUUUUCCCGUUCUGAGAUCCCAAUGUUCUUGUGACAUCUGGGGCAGAGGGAGCAAGUCGGUACUGAGAAGGCCUUGGUUUCUUUUUUCCCCCUCCUGGAGCUUUGUCUACUUUCUUGGCAAGGAAGCCGAAAAGCCACUGUGGACAGACGCCAAGUGCAGCUGUAUUACUAAAUUAUCGAGAGCAAACAUGAAGUCACAAUCCUAGGAGGACUCAAUGAAUUUGUAGUGAAGUUCUAUGGACCACAAGGAACGCCAUACGAAGGUGGCGUGUGGAAAGUCAGAGUGGACCUUCCUGACAAAUACCCUUUCAAAUCACCAUCUAUAGGAUUCAUGAAUAAAAUUUUCCAUCCCAACAUCGAUGAAGCGUCAGGAACGGUAUGUCUAGAUGUAAUUAACCAGACUUGGACAGCCCUUUAUGAUCUCACCAAUAUAUUUGAGUCGUUCCUGCCCCAGUUGCUGGCCUAUCCCAACCCCAUAGACCCCCUUAAUGGUGACGCAGCAGCCAUGUACCUUCACCGACCAGAAGAAUACAAACAGAAAAUUAAAGAAUACAUUCAGAAAUAUGCAACAGAGGAAGCACUCAAAGAGCAGGAAGAAGGCACCGGGGACAGCUCUUCCGAGAGCUCCAUGUCCGACUUUUCAGAAGACGAGGCCCAGGAUAUGGAAUUGUAGUAAACGAGGCGUCCUGCUUUUCAGAGAGACUAUGACUUCCUAACCAUGCGCUGAGAAGCAGACAAUAAUAUUCAUAUUUAAACAAAGCAAUUUUUUAUUACUAAACAAGGUUUUUAUGAAUAAUAGCAUUGAGAUAUAUAUACAUAUAUAUAUAUCACCCUUUAGAUCUUGAUUUCUUGGUCAUUUCUCAGAACCCAAAGUGCAUCAUAGCGCAUCUCCCACAUUCCACUUCAGUAGCCGUGUGCAACCCCAGGCGCAUGCACGCGCAUCCACUCACAAUUCCAUUUCAGCUAAACCAACUCGUGGGCCACUGAACUGUCAGCCUAAACCGCUGCUUUGCUAGGGUGGGUUUGGAUGUUUCUCUUUGCCUUUUUAAAAAAAAACAAAACAAACGACAACAUUAAAAUUAAUGGUUCCAAAGACGGCAGAUGCCCUUGGAUGCAAAAACGGAACAGCGCUUUCAGAAUGGAAAGAGAGGAAAAAAUUGGGGGGGGGAAACGUAAUCUAGAGAAAUUAGGCAGCGAAGUCAAGGGUGCUCUUGCAGAACAAUGUGUUGGCUCAUGCUUUGAGUGGAGUUGCAUUUUUAAAAGAAAACAACCCAAGCCCGAAGUCCUUUGAAGAACCAUUUUUACAAACUGGCUUGGAUUUUCAAUACGUUUUGCAUGGACUUCCUGUCUGCCUCUAAGGCCUGUUGUGAUUAGUCUGGUUUGCCUGGGGAAUCUUUUAAAUUCCUGCAUCUGGACCAUAAAGUCAAUUUAUUGGUUAGGAUUCGGGAGAAUCUUUUUUUUUUCCUUUUCUUUUGAAGGGACACCAAGCAAGCGCUACCCAAGGUUGGCUUAAUUUGCCUGGAGGUACACCACAUCCAACCCAUUUUGGUUCCAGCUCCGAAAACACCAACGGUCAUGUUUUUUAAAAAAAAGAAAGUUUCCCCCUUGAUGUCUUUGCUUUGUGAGCAUUCCCCUGCCAGACGGGGUCUUCUCAAGAGCUCGGAGCCCGUGGCUGGUUCGGUCGGCUUCUUGGGCCACCGAUCACGACUGCUCCCUUGGCACUCCUGCUUACUUCUGCCAAUCACUAGCACCUUUCCUGUGAGUUGGUAGAACAGAACAGACAAUCGAGGAGGAUCUGAUGGUGAGAGGGGGGUGGGUGGAGGUGCUGCUCUUGUUGAUAGGAAACUGCUAAUUUAUGCUGGCUUCCAGGAUUCUUUGGCGCGGAAAGUUUUUAUUCUGGUGUAUUUUGAACAGAUGAAGGUCCUUCUCUUCCCCCUCCCCCAUUUAAUGGUAAGAGAGGCUCUUAACCAUAAAUGCCUACCUGGGAUGUUGUUGAUACUUGAAUAUGGCAAAAGCAGCCUGCAAGAUGAUGGGUUUCCAAUCUGGAUGUUGCUUCUUUUGAUAAAGGCUUUUGGACAGGAUGUGUGUGAAGGGAGGGGAAGCAGAGGGGCGCAGCCUCUUGGACGGGACAUGGAAUUUAAACAUGGGUGACUUGAGCAAAACACUGAAUGUUAAGCUAUGCUCGAUAUAUGCUGUCAUCUUCCCCUCUUCCGUUUUUCUCUUUAAACGGCGUUGAAUUUAAUUGGGGGGGGGGGCAAGAGAGUACAAUCCUAAAACGUAAUCAGUUUGUUUUCCUCCUCCUCCCCCCCCUCCUUUUGGAAACAUCUUUAUGUAAAGUAGAAUUUAACUUUGGCAUGAUUAUUUUCCUUUAAUAAAGCAAAAGCAUACCAAGAAUUGGAAUUACA